CUCCCGCGCGGCCCGGGCACGGACCUUAACCGCGCACACGUCUGCAUGUUCCUGGCCUGGGCGGUGCAGAGGUACGCUGUCAGCACCACCGACGGCACACUUUCGGCCCUGUCGGACUGGCAACGGGCCCGGGGCGUCCCAGCGGCAGCAGCCAUCCGCCGAGACCCGAUGGUGCGGCGCCUCGGGGUGCAGAUUCAGCUGGAGGCCGCGGGCUCGGUGGCGGCCCAGCCCCAGAUGAAAGCCCCCGUUCCCGAUCGGGCUGCUGGUAUGGCUCGUGGCUUGGCUGGGCACCACCAACGUCUCUUGCUGUAGCGCAGCAAGCUGGCCGGGCGGCAGCUGCAGGACGUGUGGUACCAGGCGGACCAGAAAGGGGGCGGAGCCACACUGGAGGCGGUGCGGCGUUUUGUGACGGUGCGGCGUUUUGUGACGGUGCGGCGUUUUGUGCAGCCGGGGGCGGGGGCGCGCAUGCGGAUUGUGGGCCGGAUGUGACCGGCCAACUGAGGGUGGGGGGAGUGGCCUCCGCAUGCGCCGAGAAGGGGUGCGGAACGGGCGAGCUCGCCGGCCGCGGCCGGCGGGGCAGCACGGUUCUUCCCCCACCCUGAUGUUGGCGUCUCCCCCGGGGGCAAUACAGUUGUGCCUCUUUAAUGUUUGGAAAGGAGGUGUAGGUAGGGAGGUUGUGACACACGGGUGGCGGAUGUGGGACAUGCACGAUCGGAGACAGAGACGGGAGAGACACGCCGGGUUGGGGGCUGAGACGGACUUUAUAUUGCAGUUGUGCGUAUUUCCCAACGCUUCUGGUCUCGGAAUCAAUAAGGCCGGAGAGUGCAGCCCAUUGCGAAGCAAAAUUCAGAUUUUGGACUGUGUCAAAAAUCGGGUUUGGGGGCGCCAAUGGGGCUGCCGAGUUCGGCCCAUGCGCAUGGGUGGGAGCAUGGUCGAGGUGUGGAUAGAGUAAGGGAUGUUGAACCAAUUUCCAGGU